GAGAAAGACGCCCCGCUAUGGUCAAAAAGAGAAGGUAAACUUUCUAUUUUCACCAACAGCAUAGUAAUACGGAUAAGAUGGCGGUGCUAUUAGGAGACUCGGGGGAUGAAAAUUACUUCGUUCGUGAGAUUGAGAAGAACGAUGGAUGCUGCUUACAAAUGAAACAGUGUAGCACAGGAGACGUGGGCUGUGUGGUGUGGGAUGCAGCUAUCGUCCUUUGUAAAUAUUUAGAGACACGACAGUUUUAUGAGCCCCAAAAUGGAGUAAACAAAUGGGCCAACAAACGCGUUUUGGAAUUGGGAGCAGGGACUGGAAUUGUGGGACUCAUGGCAGCGACACUGGGAGCACACGUCACAUUGACCGACCUGGAAGAUUUACAACGUCUGCUGCAAAUCAACAUCCGGGACAAUAAGGCCCUGGUCAGCAGUGGCUCUAUCGCAGCAAAGGUACUUAAAUGGGGAGAGGAUGUGACAGAGUUUUUACCACCUCCUGAUUAUAUUCUAAUGGCUGAUUGCAUUUACUAUGAGCAGUCUUUGGAGCCACUGGUGAAGACUCUGAGAGAUCUUGCUGGACCAGAGACCUGUGUAAUCUGUUGCUAUGAGCAGCGCACCAUGGGCAACAACCCAGAAGUGGAGAAGCAAUUCUUCCAGCUUCUACUGCAACACUUCAGAUCGGAGAAGAUCCCCGAAGAGAGCCAGGACCCAGAGUUCAGCAGCCCAGACAUUCACAUCCUGCACCUUUACCCACUGGCCUGAUGUUGCACUUGGGGCCUCUCGUAUAGGAAGUGCCUGCUUCAAUACAGAGAGCUGUCUUUGCCCAGUGAUACCCAGGAGAAAGGUUUGAGGCUUAGCACUCAGCCAAUGUCCAGAGCCAGCAGGUGAAGCAAGGCUUACAGUGAAGGAUCAGGCUACUGCUCGCGGUUCUCUUACACACUCCCUUCAGCAUAACAUCUCAUCACCUACAGUACUUCUGGGAGUGGACUCACUUUGAAAGCGCAUGUGAUUUUGCCUCCUUGUGAGUUUUAUUACUUGGGGGUUGAGUGUUUUUGUAUAUAAUAAAUUUGGAUUUUUAUACUAUGACUUGGAUUAAGUAAAGGUUUGGAUUGACUGAGACACUGUGCUUUACCAGUCCAUGCAGCAGAAACAUGUGGAAGCACAGCCCAAAUAAAAUUCAGCAAUAUGUGAAUACGACUCAAAAUGAAAAUGUGUGCUUGUUGUAAGAUGACUAUUAAUUUGCAUAUGGAAAUAUAAAAUAUGAAAAAUGUCUAAGGGUGUCAUCACAUACACCACAAAGGUCAGUAGAGGUGUAUUUCCUUGUCUUGAUAGCCUCACAAUGCAGAUCAUUGUAAAGCUUCAGGAAGGUGCGAGCUCUUUUGAAUUUGAUUGUCAUCGCUUCCUCAAAUCCAUCUGUGUGAAUUCCAUUUUUUGCGCUCAAUAAAGUGAAAGGCCUCUGUUGUUUGCUGUGGUUUGACAGUGAGAAAUGCAA